UAUUAGCCAGCCAGCCCUUUUCGAGUCUGUAGGUCGAGAAGCAGAAGAAAAUGUAUGUCUCGUUCGUGAGUGUGGUUUUUAUGCCACUGCUGCUGAUGGUCACCUAUUUAGGAUGUAUAUCAAGGGGUGAUAUCACAGAUGAGCUACCCUUGUAUAGGGAGAAGGUCAGGGCAAUGUUCCAGUUUGCAUACGACAGCUACUUGGAGCAUGCUUUCCCUUAUGAUGAACUUCAACCUUUGACCUGUGACGGUGCAGAUACAUGGGGCAGCUAUUCUUUGACCCUCGUUGACACCUUGGACACACUGGCCAUCAUGGGAAACCACACAGAGUUUCAGAGAGUUGCCAAUUUACUCGUCGAUCAUCUAUCCUUUGAGGAUGACCUCAAUGUUUCUGUUUUUGAGACCAAUAUAAGAGUGGUUGGAGGUCUCUUAUCCUCUCAUCUCCUCUCCCAGAGGGCAGGCAUGGAUGUGCCCACCGGUUGGCCUUGUCAGGGGCCCCUUCUGGAAAUGGCUGAAACAGUUGCUAGGAAACUACUCCCAGCCUUUGACACACCAACCGGGAUGCCUUAUGGGACAGUGAACCUGCUCCAUGGGGUACCCAAGGGGGAGACGGCGGUGUCCUGCACCGCUGGGAUUGGGACCUUCAUAGUAGAGUUUGGUACCCUGAGCCGACUGACCGGUGAUCCUGUCUUUGAGGAGAAGGCUCUCAGGGCCCUGGAUUCUCUCUGGGGAUUCAAGUCAGAUAUAGGAAUGGUUGGGAACCAUGUGAACAUCCAAACUGGGAAGUGGACUGCACUGGAUUCAGGCAUUGGUGCAGGAGUCGACUCCUACCUGGAAUACUUGGUGAAAGGAAGCCUUCUUCUAGGAAACCAAGAACUCAUGAAUAUGUUUAGUGAAUAUGAGAAAGUGAUCUACCAGUACUCCAAGAAAGAUGACUGGUAUAUGUGGGUCAACAUGAUGAAAGGUCAGGUCACCAUGCCAGUCUUUCAGUCACUAGACGCAUAUUGGCCAGGCCUCCUGAGUCUGAUAGGAAAGAUAGACAGCGGCAUGAAAACAUUACACAACAAUCAUCAGGUCUGGCGUCAGCUGGGUUUCCUGCCAGAGUUCUACAACAUCGUCAACAGCAAGGCUGUAGAUAAGAGAGAGGGCUAUCCACUCAGGCCAGAGUUUGUGGAGAGUGCCAUGUAUUUAUACCAAGCUACUAAAGAUCCAAUGCUUCUUCAGAUGGGUAGAGAUGUAUUAACUUCCAUUGAAACUACCAAAACAGAAUGUGGCUAUACCAGUGUAAAAGAUGUCAAGACCCACAAGUUGGACAACCGCAUGGAGUCUUUCUUCCUGGCAGAAACCCUCAAGUACCUCUACCUCCUCUUUGACCCCGACAACUUCAUCCACCAAGAUGGGGGCCACGCCCAAAUCGUAGACACCCCCCACGGUAAAUGCUUCCUUGGCAGUGGAGGGUACAUCUUCAACACAGAGGCACACCCUAUAGACAUUGGCGCCCUUUCGUGCUGCGGCGGUGCUGCCAAUGAGUACUCUAGAAUAGAGCGUGCCUUGAGGACAUUAAGCCGUAGGAAAGAUCAGUUAAAAUGGAUCAAGAAUUAUAUCAGGGAGGAUUCCAGCGAGGGAGGUAGACACACGAGUCAGAAAGGUCUGAACUCUGCCGUCAAUUGUUCAUCUCAGCCGUUCCAUGCCAAGAUGUCGAUACUAGGAGAGAUGUUUCCAGAUUUAGAUUGACGAAGCUGUAAUUUAUGAUUAUUUAAUAUUGAUUUGUUUUCUAGGACAUUGUUUUAUGUAGGUUGUGGAGCUUAUACAUGUAGAUCCCAAUUUUGAUAGUACAGUGAAACCAUGUUAUAAAGGAAAUUACUUAGUUGUAAAUUAAUUCAUCUGGCAAAAUUGGUUAAGAAUUAUGCUUGUGCAAUUGCUCCGUUGCUAUUUUCUACAUUUCAAAAUUUCAGAACUUCAACUUGAGAUCCAACUGUAUACAUACCCCAAACUCUAACCCAAAUGUUUUAAGCCUUGUAUGCAACUCAUUAACUUAAACAUUUUCUGAAAAAAUUAAAGAAUUCAUUUUAAAUUUAUGUUUUGA